AAUUGACUGAGAGUAAACAUGGCGAGUCUGGCAGAUGUCGGAUGGAAACUCUUGGAAUUUAAAGCCCGAUCGAAGAGAUCAGAUUUCUGAUUUAGCUGAGAGAGAGAAAAAGAGAGACGGUUGGCCUUAAUUUCACCCUUUGAGCAUGGCUGUCUCAAUGGCUGCGGUUGCCCAGCCCCGUCGAGAAGUUCGCAGACUCGGCUCCAUCUAUGAACCUCUAAAGCUGUCCAAUCUCCAGGGGGAGGAUGAGCCCCUAUGGGAAAAGCUGGACCGUUACUACAAUGCAGUAAAAACCACCAUCCUGAACUACCAGAGCCCCACUACUGGGCUCUUCCCCGUGAAGACGUUCUCCGACAUAAAGGAGGCAAAGGUCCGGGACUCCCUGUACUGCGCUGCUUGUGCCUGGGCCCUGGGUAUGGCCUACCGGCGCAUCGACGAUGAUCUGGGCCGCACGCAUGAGUUGGAGCAUUCUGCCAUCAAGUGCAUGAGAGGGAUCCUCUACUGCUACAUGAGGCAGGCGGAUAAGGUGGAGGAGUUUAAAAAUGACCCCAGCCCCUCCAAGUGUCUCCACUCCGUCUUCAACGUGGACACCGGCGACGAGGUUUACACCUACGGCGACUAUCACCACCUACAGAUCGAUGCGGUUUCUCUGUUCCUGCUGUACCUGGUGGAGAUGAUCUGCUCCGGUCUCCAGAUCAUUUACAACACCGACGAGGUUUCCUUCAUCCAGAAUCUGGUGUUCUGUGUGGAGAGAGCCUACAGGCUGCCCGACUACGGCAUGUGGGAGCGAGGCAGCAAAUACAAUAACGGCAGCACAGAGCUGCAUUCCAGCUCCGUGGGUCUCGCUAAAGCCGCUCUGGAGGCCAUCAAUGGAUUCAACCUGUUUGGAAAUCAGGGCUGCUCGUGGUCUGUGAUAUUUGUGGAUCUGGACGCCCACAACAGGAAUCGACAGACCCUGUCCUCCCUGCUGCCCAGAGAGUCUCGCUCACAUAACACCGACGCCGCCUUGCUCCCGACCAUCAGCUACCCGGCCUUUGCGGUGGAUGAUGACGCUCUCUACAGCCAAACGCUCGACAAGAUCAUCCGGAAGCUACGAGGCAAAUAUGGCUUCAAGCGUUUCCUGCGCGACGGCUACCGCACAGCGAACGAAGACAAGAACCGCCGCUACUACAAACCUGCUGAGAUGAAGCUCUUUGACGGAAUCGAAUGCGAGUUUCCCAUGUUUUUCAUCUACAUGAUGAUUGACGGUGUGUUCAGAGGAAAUAAGGCACAGGUGAAGGAGUACCAGGACCUCCUGGAGCCCAUCAUCUUCCAGACGUUCGAGGGCCACGCUGUGAUCCCCAAGUACUACUAUGUACCGGCCGACUUUGUGGAGGCGGAGCAGAACAAACAUGGAAGCCAGAAGCGUUUCCCUAGCAACUCUGGCCGUGAUGGCAAGAUGUUCCUCUGGGGUCAGGCCAUGUACAACAUUGCUAAGCUGCUGGUGGAUGAGCUGAUCAGCCCUACAGACAUCGACCCCAUCCACCGAUACGUCCCACGGCAAGACCAGCGCAACGUCAGCAUGAGAUACUCCAAUCAGGGUCCCAUAGAGAACGAUGCUGUGAUUCAUGUGUCGCUGGUAGCCGAGAGCCAGAGACUUCAGGUGUUUCUGAACACGUACGGGAUUCAGACCCAGACUCCUCAGCAAGUCGAGCCCAUCCAGAUCUGGCCUCAGAAGGAACUGGUCAAGGCGUACCGUUUUCUGGCCGUCAAUAAGAAGCUGGGUUUGAGUGGGCGUCCGGAUAGGCCAGUGGGCUGCAUCGGGACCUGCAAGAUUUAUCGCAUACUGGGCAAGACGGUGGUGUGCUACCCAAUAGUGUUUGAUCUAAGUGACUUCUACUUGUCUCAAGAUGUUAUGCUUCUAAUUGACGACAUUAAGAACACCCUGCAGUUCAUCAAGCAGUGCUGGAAGAUGCAGGGACGUCCACUCUUCCUGGUUCUCAUCCGUGAGGAUAACAUCAAAGGGAGCCGCUUCAAUCCAGUGUUGGACAUGCUGGCCUCUUUCAAGAAAGGCGUCAUCGGCGGGGUCAAAGUUCACGUCGACAGACUUCAGACCCUGAUAUCAGGAGCAUUUGUGGAGCAGCUGGACUUCCUUCGCGUCAAUGAGGCAGAGAUCCCAGAGUUUAAGAGCUUUGAGGAGCUGGAGCUGCCGAAGCACUCGAAGGUGAAGAGGCAGACGAGCACGCCCAACGCCUCGGACCUGGAGCAGCAGCCGGAGAUCAGUGUGGAGGAGUGGCAGAACAAGCCCACCUAUGAGAUCCUGCAGAAGUUUCAUGACUGCAACUGCUUGGCCAGCCAGGCUCAGCUCGCCUGCAUCCUCCUCAGAAAAGAAGGACCAGACUUCCUGGCCAAAGAUGAGAACCUCAUGGAAGAACUGGAGAGAAUCUACAGACGAGCCGGCAGCAGAAAACUUUGGUCUGUUGUCCGUCUUGCUGCCAGUCUCUUAACUAAGCUAGUGGACAGCCUUGCCCCCAGUAUUACUAGUAUUUUAGUGCAAGGCAAGCAGGUGACCCUUGGUCUGUUUGGGCAUGAGGAGGAGGUGAUCUCCAACCCGCUGUCUCCAGGAGUGAUCCAGGGCAUCAUCUACAGCAAGUGCUCUCCCCAGGGCGGGGAGAGGGAAGCUGUCCUCCAGCAGGAGCUGGUCAUCCACAUCGGCUGGAUAAUCUCCAACAACCCCGAGCUGUUCAGCGGCAUGCUCAAAAUCAGAGUCGGCUGGAUCGUUCAGGCCAUGAAACAUGAGCUGAAGAUCCGAGCUGGAGACCUGGCACCUCAGGACAUCUACCAGCUCUCUCCCAGCGACAUCAAGCAGCUGCUGCUGGACGUCCUGCAGCCGCAGCACACCGCCAGGUCUUGGCUGAACAGGCGGCAGAUCGACGGCAGUCUGAACAGAACCCCUCUGGGGUUUUAUGACCGUGUGUGGCAGAUCCUGGAGAGGACGCCUAACGGUAUCGUGGUGGGUGGAACUCACCUCCCACAGCAACCAACACUGUCGGACAUGACGAUGUACGAGAUGAACUUCUCCCUGCUGGUGGAGGACACACUCAAGAACAUUGUCCUGCCCGAGUACAGGCAAAUCAUUGUAGAGCUGCUGAUGGUGGUGGCCAUAGUGCUGGAGAGAAACCCCGAGCUGGAGUUUGGUGACAAGGUGGAUCUGGAUAGUCUGGUGAAGGAGGCGUUUAACGACUUCCAGAGAGACCGGAGUCGCUUUGAGGGGAUGGAGAAACAGGAUGACAUGGAGGUCUUCUACAACACACCGCCGCUAGGAAAGAGAGGAACCUCCAGCUACCUGACCAAGGCAGUGAUGAUUCAGCUGCUGCAAGGAGACAUGAAGCCCUGCAAGGACGACCCGUGUGCCGUUAGUUAGACUGACAGCAUGUAAAGUCAUCAUCGCUAAUUUGCUUCACCUGGAUUUCAAUGCUUACUUAGAUUCCACUGCAUGCAUUGGAAUCCUUUUAAACGUUGAAGUAUUUUUUUUCAUAGAAGUCUAAAAGGUGUGUGUUGGUCACCUGGUUCUUCAGAAUCACUCAUGUUGCUCACAAACACAACUCAGGUGUUCCCUGUAUCUCGCCAGCAGAUAUAAUUCUCUGUAAUCUAGCAGAUUAUCAUUCAAAUUGUGAGCCUACCUAUGUGCUCCGUACUAAGGGAGACUAAAUAUGUUCGACUGAUGACUUAAUAACUUUGCUAUUGUUUUCUGCCAGUUUCACAGGAAAUAAAUUGUUAGACUGACUAAGAACCUCCACACCUGACCUUUUUUUUCAACCUAUACAGUUUUGUGUGUUAUUCAUCUCAGCACGUAGAUGUUUUAGUGUUUAGCGUGGCAUGUUGAGUCCUUCUCCCAGGUGCAUCCUGUCAUAGAUUGCAGGGAAGGCUUUCUGAAUGUAAUUAACUCUAAAACAGCUUUCAGAGGGGCUCUGCAUGACGAUGACUGCUGCUCAUGUGAAGUUUUUUGGGCUGAGUGCCCUUUAGACGUCACUGAAUCUGUGGAAAAAAUGUGCUUGCGUCCAUUAGCAGGACCGAUUAAAGCGCUAAACACACUUCUUUGGAUGCCAUCACUGUGAUGGGUCUCACUAAAGUCGUCUUUGUUCAUCAGAGCUUUAUUGUGUUUGUUAGUGAACUAUAUCUGUAAAAGACAUAUUUUUAUCUCAAAUAAAAUAAAAUGAUAGAAACUCUAAAA